AUGGCUGCCAGGGAGGAGGUUCUUGCCUUGCAGGCUGAAGUUGCCCGGCGUGAGAAGGAAUUGAGUUCCCUGAAGCAAAGACUGGCGGAGGCUCUUUCGGCGGAGGAAGAGCCAGAGCGGCAGGUUCCGGUGUCGCCCCUGCCGCCGAAGGCCGCCCUGUCCCGAGAUGAGAUUCUGCGCUACAGCCGGCAGCUCGUGCUGCCUGAACUCGGCGUGCACGGACAGCUGCGCCUGGCGACCGCGUCCGUGCUAAUCGUGGGCUGCGGCGGGCUCGGCUGCCCACUGGCGCAGUACCUGGCAGCGGCCGGCGUAGGCCGCCUUGGCCUUGUGGACUACGACGUAGUAGAAAUGAGCAACCUGGCCCGCCAAGUGCUGCAUGGCGAGGCACUGGCCGGCCAGGCCAAGGUCUUUUCGGCUGCCGCCUCGCUGCGCCGCCUGAAUUCGGCUGUGGAGUGCGUGCCUUACGCUCAGGCUCUUACGCCAGCCACCGCUCUAGACCUUGUCCGCCGUUAUGACGUGGUAGCUGACUGCUCCGAUAACGUGCCCACUCGAUACCUUGUUAACGACGCAUGUGUGCUAGCCGGCCGGCCUCUCGUCUCCGCCAGCGCCCUGCGCUUUGAGGGCCAAAUCACAGUCUACCACUAUGAGGGCGGGCCUUGCUAUCGCUGCGUAUUCCCCCAACCACCUCCAGCUGAGACGGUGACCAACUGCGCGGAUGGCGGGGUGCUCGGUGUUGUAACUGGGGUCGUGGGCUGCCUGCAGGCGCUGGAAGUGUUGAAGAUCGCUGCAGGUCUGGGCCCCUCCUACAGUGGCAGCCUGUUGCUCUUUGACGCUCUCAGAGGACAUUUCCGCUGUAUUCAGCUGCGGAGCCGCAGGCUGGACUGUGCAGCUUGUGGGGAGCGGCCCACUGUGACUGACCUGCAGGACUAUGAAGCCUUCUGUGGCUCCUCAGCCACCGAUAAGUGCCGCUCUCUGCAGUUGCUGAGCCCAGAGGAGCGAGUUUCUGUCACCGACUAUAAGCAACUUAUGGAUUCUGGGUCACCCCACCUGUUGCUGGACGUCAGACCUCAGGUGGAAGUGGACAUCUGUCGUUUGCCUCAUGCCCUACACAUCCCUUUGAAACAGUUGGAACGGAGGGAUGCGAAAAGCCUGAAACUCUUAGGAGAAGCAAUCCAGAAAGGGAAGCAAGGCGCACAGGAAGGAGCAGCUCUCCCCAUUUAUGUGAUUUGCAAACUGGGCAAUGACUCCCAGAAAGCCGUGAAGAUCCUGCAGUCCUUGACAGGAAUCCAAGGGUUAGACUCGCUAACAGUUCAGGAUGUUGUAGGGGGCCUUAUGGCCUGGGCUGCCAAAAUCGAUGGAACAUUUCCACAGUACUGAGGUGGCUGAUAGGCAUAGUCUGACCUGAGAAAGAUCUGGAUUGCUAUAUUAUCUUAACGAUAUAUUUAUUUGCAUUUUUCUCGGUAAAGUACAACGAGACGGAUUCUGCAUCUGUGAAUACAUGAACUUUUUAUAAGGGUUUUUUUCUUUUACUGGUAACUUAUUGAAUGAUAUAGUUGUUAAUGGACUAUAAUACUGUAUCUGAGAACUGCCUUGUGUUUUCAGUACUUGGAAGAUGUCUGGAACAUGCGAGAUAUAUUGGAAGUGACAGGAUUUUGUGUUAAUCUACAGAUGAUUUUCCUGUCCUGUUUUUUUUCCACCUCCCCCAUUCAAAAAGCUUGCUAAAUGAUCUUUUUUUUUAUGCCUGGAAUUAAGUUGUUGUAAACUUGGUUUUACGAAAUUGAUCCCAGAUUAUAUACUUAAAAUCAGUUUACUGUUUGGGUUUUAUUUCUACUUCAAAUGACAGAAUAUAUCCUACAGAAGUAAAUGUUAAGAUGUAAAUUGUUUUAAUUAUUUGGAAAGUGGUCAUUUUAUAAAUAUUUUGAAUUCAUAUCAAAGUGAAAUAUAGGUUAGCAAGAUAAAGGAAGCUACCUUUGUAGUAUGUCAGUUUCUCUUAUAAAUUGCUGAUUUCUUUUUCUUAAAUUUAGCUUCAGGGUCCACCUUAAGUUGUAUACCUAACAUUUUCUAAACUCUAUACUAUGGUUUGACUUGCUUUGGAAUCUUCAAUUCCAAGUUCCAACCUUCUGCCCUCCUCCUGCCCUUUCCUAUCUAAUGUUAUUAUUUUUUAAAAUUUUUUUUUAAGAGAGAAGAAGAGAGAGAGAAAAACAUCCAUUUGUUAUUGCACUUUAUGCAUUUAGUGGUUGAAUCUUGUAUGUGCUCUGACCAGGGAUUGAACCCCAAACCUUGGUGUAUCGGGACAAUGCUCCAAGCAACUGAGUUACUCACCAGGGUUAAUCUGUUAUUUUUAUUUUUGGCUUCACUGUAUGAUCAGGACCCAAACACGAUAUUGAAUUAAACUGGAAUAGUGAACAUUAUCUCCUCAAUCUCAGGUGAAAAACUUUGAUGAUUUGAUGAGUAUUGCUUAUUAUUGUCUUACUGUAGAUAAAUACCUUUUAUCAGAUUAAAGAAACUUCUUCUGUUUA